AUGGAAUCAUUUCCCAACAGUCGUCAUGGGGAACCUGCUCAACCCACCCCAGGUCCCUGUCUCCGCUUGGGAGACACGUCGCCUUCCAAGCAGGCUGUACCGCACUCCAACGGGGGAAUUGCCACGCAAAGAGUCUAUCCAAAACGUGCCGGCCGAUGGUUGUUUGAGAACCAGAUCGAACUGUCCGCCGCUUGCGUCGCCAUUUGUCUCUUCACACACCUUUCCGGGCCUGAUGCGCGAUCCUACACAUCGAAGCUCUUCUUCAUCUCUCACUAUAGCGCCAGUCGGGGCACCUACGCGAUCGGGGGCGAUGACUUUUACUUCAUCGCCUUUUGCAUCGUCUUCUUCACCGGUCUCCGUGCCGCUAUCAUGAAACACAUUCUUGCGCCCUUGGCUAGGUAUUGGAGGAUAUCCAGAGCAAAGGACGUCAACCGCUUCGCCGAGCAAGGGUGGCUGUUAUGCUACUACUCGGUCUUGUGGACUCUUGGCAUGUACAUCUAUUGCACCUCGAAUUAUUUUCUCGACCUGAGGGAGAUGUGGACUGAUUGGCCCACUCGCGAGCUACCGGCGAUCAACAAAACAUACAUGCUAUGCCAGUGGGCGUUCUGGUUGCAGCAGGUCCUAGUCAUCCACAUUGAACGGCGGCGCAAAGAUCAUUGGCAGAUGCUGGCCCAUCACACCGUGGCGAUUGUUUUGAUCUCCACCUCAUAUGCCUGGCACCUCACUCGGGUGGCCAAUUUGAUCCUGGUCCUGAUGGACGUCGUGGACAUCCUCUUCUCCCUGGCCAAAUGUCUGAAAUAUCUCGGUCUGCUCACACUCUGCGACAUUAUGUUCGGCGUCUUCAUGGUGUCGUGGUUCAUGGCUCGGCACGUCCUCUACCUCAUCACCAUGUGGAGUAUCUAUGCGCAUAUGGCGGAGAUCAUCCCCGUCGGCUGCUUCCACGGAUCGCAAGACACGCUGACGGGCCCCACGCCGCUACCCGAGCGCGGAUCGUCGCACAUGUUCGAUCCCUUUUGGAAUCCUUCGGGCACGAUCUGCUUCAGUCCGCGGGUGCAAUGGGGGUUCCUGGGCGCUCUGGGGUUCCUGCAGUUCCUAAACCUCGUGUGGCUCGUCAUGAUCGUCCAAGUCGCCCUUCGGGUUCUCGCGGGCCGUGGCGCGGACGACGUACGGAGUGAGGACGAGGGCGAGCUUGACAGCGAGAUGGAAGUGACUGGGAAUGAGGGGCGCGACGGUGCGUCGUCUCGUCCGAAGGAUAUCGGGGUGGCGACGGGCCUCAAAGCCUCGCCACGCGUCACGAGCACGAAGAGAACUGCCCACUCUGCGAGUGUUGGUUUGCCGCGACGCAGUGACCAAAAGCAACUUCUGGGCCGACUGGGAUGCGAGAGACAAAUUGAUUGA